CGUUUUUGUGUAAGCAAACCGAACGAAAAAGCAGAGCACUCAAAGUCUCUUCGCGGCAGUCAUAGAUUCUGUGACACACAGAGACACAGACAAGCAAAGAGAGGGAGGGAGGGAGAGAGAGAAAUGGGAAAUCCAAAGCAAAAAUGGACAUCGGAGGAAGAAGAAGCUCUAAGAGCUGGCGUGAAAAAGCAUGGCACUGGCAAGUGGAAGGACAUCCAGAAAGACCCUGAGUUCAAUCCCUUCCUUUCUUCUCGCUCCAAUAUUGAUCUCAAGGACAAAUGGAGGAAUAUGACUGUUAGUGGCAUGAACCCCAGAGAUAAGUCAAGGGCGCCAAAAGCAAAAGCCAACGCCGAUGCUCCUGCUGCUUCAGUGUCCGUUUCACAAACUUCUGCUGCUGCUUCAGCCAAACGCGAUGCACCAGCAGCAGCUACAGCUACAGCCAGACGCGAUGCACCAGCAGUAACUCCAGCCAGACGUGAUGCACCAGCAGCAACUCCAGCCAGACGCGAUGCACCAGCAGCAACUCCAGUCAGGCAUGAUGCACCAGCAGCUCCAGUUGCAGAUGAUUCCUCAACUGGCUUAUCUGAUGCAAAAACUGCUCCAGCGUAUGAUGCAAUGAUUUUUGAAGCACUUUCUACCUCAACAGGGCCAAAUGGAUUGGACUCUGGUGCUAUUGCUAGCUUUAUUGAGCAAAGGAAUGAAAUCCCCCCAAAUUUUAGAAGGUCAUUAAGUAAUAGGUUGAGAAGGCUGGUUCACCAAGAGAAACUUGAAAAGAUUCAAAAUUGCUACAGGACGAAAGCCCCGAAACAAAAGGACAUCCAUCCGAUAGAGGAAUCGGCAGUGGCUGCUGCCUACAAGAUUGCUGAUGCCGAAAACAAAUCGUUUGUGGCAGCAGAAGCAGUGAAAGAGCUUGAGAGGUUGUCAGAGAUGGCUGAAGAAGCAGAAUCAACGCUGCAGGUGGCAGCAGAGAUUCUUGAGAAAUGUUCAGAAGGUGAAGUUCUGCUGAUGGCAUGAGAUAUGAAUCCCUGUCUUAUCCAAUCGGAAGAUGACACCUGUGAUUAGAACUUGUAAAUUUAGUUCGCUAUACUUCCAUUCGCUCCUGAGGUGCAACCAAGCCAAUAUUUUUUUUGCUCAUUUUCCUAAUAAUAAUAGUUUAUUAUACUACACCCUUCAGACCGGACCUGGUGGCUGCUGAUGGAGAAUGGUUUUUGAAUUAUCUGUCUAUUGAGGAUCACGCGGUUUAUAUACAGGUUUUAAGUGAUGUAAUUUUAUAUUUUCAUUUAAUCAUAAAACUAUAGCUUUACAGUGAUGAAUUUAUUUCGUUUUUAUGUGAUGGAAUUGUU